UUUUUCAAAAUUACACGAUAAGUUCUUGUCUGAUCAGAACCGCCGCCUCCUCACCCACGUAUCUACUUUGUGUGAGACGUCAGACGAGAACUUAUCGAAUAUAGUCCAAUAGGGGUACAUUGGCCCCAACUAGUGUACACCGGUGAGGGUGGCUGGGCGCCCGAAAUCGGCUGAACCGCUCCUGGGCGCAUGUCGAGCGACCUACACAGCAAAAGCACUAAACAGGCCAGAAUCCGAAUACGAGCACACGACUCGAAUACGAGCACACGAAGCCCCACCGACUGGGACGGCUGUUGGCGGAGUUCGCGCGGUUCUCGGUGGUUAUUUGAGCAUUUGGUGGCACUGCGAGCGGACAGAGUGGCAAACUAUCUGCACCACCACAUCAGCUUAGGCAACAAGCAACACCAGCAACAACAAAGGUUAAACGGCAGCAGCAGCAACAACAACCAACCAACCACCACUACAAAAACAAAAAACAACAAAGGGAAAACGCAUCUAAGCUGGUACCAAGACCAAGAUCCAAGACCAACGCACUUUUGGUUUCUUUGUUACGAAUUUUUGUGUUUUUAACAUCGCAGCACUUUAGUAAAAAACGGACUCACCACAAAUACGAAAGUGCGCAAUAAUAACAAAAAAAUACAACGAACACGGAACGUGCGCAAUAAUUUGUUUAAAAUCAAUGAAGACUGCAACUGCGCAAAAAAACUGAAAAAUUGCAUCACAGCCCCACGGCCAGAACACGCCAAGACACAAAAAUAAACAUUAAAUAAUUAGGAACGGAAAACGGAAAAGUCUAUGCCAGCAAGAGAGUGGAAAAUCAAUUGAGGAAAGCCCCACUAUACUGGCCAUAUCGUAGCCUUCGGAGGACAGAGGUCGGAGGCCAGAGAGCGGAGGAAGAAGUAGGUUUCUAAGAACUGGCCAAGGGCUGGGGAGUGGAACGUCCCUCCUACAAAGAGACGAGUACUGCAACGAGAUGCCAUCCCUGCUGGAGGCGCUGGAGCGAAAGUACUUCGCCGAGUGCGAGUUCGAGAAUGCCCACGAACCGGAGCUGCACAAGCGGAGCGAUCUGCCCAACGACUUCACGGUGACCAAGUGCGGCGGGCGGAUGGAGUUCUCCAUCUUCAUACCACGACUCUCCCCCCUGACCAGUGUCCCAGCGUUGCUGGUGCUCAACGACUGCGACAUCGACUCCGCUGGCGACUUCGAAAGCAUCCGCGACAAGUGCCAGCGGGUGCGGGAACUGGAUCUGGCCCAGAACAAGCUGCGCGACUGGUCGGAGGUAUUCAGCAUACUGGAGCACAUGCCGCGCAUUGAGUUCCUCAAUCUGAGCAAGAAUCAGCUGGCCAGUCCCAUCAGUGCUUUGGCCACGGCGCCCACGAUCAACCUCAAGAGCUUGGUGCUCAACGGCACCUACCUGGACUGGGCCUGCGUUGACGCCCUGCUCCAGAACCUGCCCGUGCUCCAGGAGCUCCACCUCAGCCUGAACAACUACAGACAGGUGUUGAUAGAUGCCCACGAGGUGGAGGUGCUGGCGGAACAGCGUCUCCAGGGAACGGAACCGGAUACGGAAACAGAGGAGGAAAAGGAGCAACGGAGGCUUACCAAAGCCCAUCCCGAACUAAAGACUUUGCAUUUCACCGGCAAUCCCGUCGAGCACUGGCAGGAAAUCUGCCGGCUGGGCCGCCUUUUCCCCAACCUUGAAGCCUUGGUGUUGGCCGACUGUCCCAUCCGUUCGCUCCAGGCGGAGGAGGCGGAGAACGAGGCCGAGUCGGCGUCCCACAGAUACUUCCCCAGCCUGAAGCUACUCAACCUCAGCUCCGCGCAGCUCAACAGUUGGAGUGCCAUCGACCAGCUGGCCAAGUUCGGGCAGCUGAGAAAUCUCCGCGUGAAACACUGGCCCCUGUGGGAGAGCCUCGAGUGCACGGAGCACGAGCGGCGCCAGCUCCUGAUAGCCCGGCUGCCCAAUGUGGAGAUGCUGAACGGAGGCGGAAAGAUCGGCACCGACGAGCGGGUGGACGCCGAGCGGGCGUUCGUCCGUUACUACAUGGACAAGCCCGAGGAGGAGCGACCGGCCAGGUACGAGGAGCUGCUGCGGAUCCACGGGAAGCUGGACCCCCUGGUGAACGUCAGCCUGAAGCCGGACAAGCGGGUCAAGGUCGUGUUCACCUAUAACGAUGUGAGCGAGAGCCGGUUCGUGGACAUCUACCUGACGGUCAACGAUCUGAAGGUCAAGCUGGAGAAGCUGGUGGGCCUGGCGCCCAACAAGAUGCGUCUCUACUAUCUCGACCAGGACUACAAGGAGUUCGGGCCCGAGGAGAUGAGGUUCCCCAACAAACAGUUGUACAGCUACAACAUCCAGUCGGGCGACGAGAUCAUCAUCGAUGCCAAGAAGUGAGGCAGUGAGGCAGGAGGUGACAUCCCCACCGCCUCGUUCCCCCGCCCGGUGCUACAACUUGUGAUCUUGUACACGAACACUUAUACUUAACGUAUUUUUAUUUCCUAAUGUUAAAGCGGUUCUGUUCUCCCCCAGCAAACUACUGUGUAAAUACGUUCUGACGGCCAAGCGAGCAUUGCGCACCCACAUCGUAUUUUUAAAUUACUGCCUAACCUAAGCCACACUCACAACAAACAGCAGCACUUACAAUAUAUAAGAAGAAACACAUCAACAAGCGAGAAUGCAUUAAACAAUUUUAAAAUAUAA